GUUUCUGCUCAAUUUCUGCGAUAUGAAUAAGAAACAUCAAACUAUUUCAAAAUUAAAAAUUUAAAAUUAAGUUUUUUAAAGAAGCGUUUAAAGAAAUGAAUUUCUAAUAAAUUAUAAACCUAUUUUUAAUAAUUAAAUUUUUAAUUAUAUUUUUAAUUCAAAUUUGUUUACUAAUAAUAAUAUAACAUUUACUCAUCAUUAUAUAGUUACGUGAUUAUUAUUAAUUUCAUAAUUCAGGUGUUCUUACUUAUAAUACAAUAUGAUAUCUAUAAAAAUGUUACCUUUAUUAGAAGGUACAAAAUUAAUUGUUCUUGAUGAAGGAAUGAAUGCGACAUAUGCAAAAAUAUUAAUUGCAGGAUGGAUACAAAUGUGGAAAGAGAAUGAUGCUAAUCGUGUAUUCAAUUUGUUAUUGUUUUCCAAUCCAAAAUCUUCGUAUCAAAAUGAAUACAAAGUUUUCACAUCAAGUAACAUACAUAUUUCUGAUUAUUAUACUAUUAAUAUUAAUGAAUUUGAUACAAAUAAUAUUGCUGAAAAAGAUUUUCAUAGAUUAGAAUAUAUUUUAAAAACUACAAAUGCAAAAUCUACAGUGAUUAUUGAUUGUUUGACAUCUUUAAUUUUAUUUGUUGGUUUAUCAAAAACUAUGUGGUUUUUAAAGAAAUUAAGUAAACAAGUAUCACAACUAAUUUGUAUCUAUAAACGUGAUUUUGUACAAAUUAAAAUACCUUGCAUUGAAACAUUAGGAAGUACAUAUGUAAAAAUACAGAAAUUUUCUAAUUCAAUGAUAAACAAGAAUUUUAAUUAUAUAGUAGAGUUUGUGCAUCGUAAAAUAAAUGGAGGAAUUUUGAAACAACAGGAAAUAGUAAAUCAAAAUAUCAUAUCUUAUGAAAUUCAGUCACAAAAACUUGAACAAAGCAAAAAAUUAGAUUCAGAAUGUAAGAAGUUGAAUCAAAUUGAAUCUUCAUUCAGAUUAGAGACAAGUGAAAAUGAAAUAAAACAGAAAAAAAAAGUAAUAUUACCAUAUAUAUUUAAUUCAAAUAUAAAUAUAUCUAAAAUUAAUUAUCAACCAGAGGAUAUAGAUGAUAUUGAUGAGGAAGAUCCAGAUGAUGAUUUAUGUUUCUAAUUUAUUUAUAUUUCUUCUUCCUAUUAAUAUAUAUUCAAAUUAUAAAAUUAAAAAAUUACAUUAAAAAAUUAUAUCAAACAAAAAAUUUUAUUUUUCAUUCUAUAAUAUAUUUUCAAAAAUAUUAUUUAUAAUAUUUUAUUUACUAUUUUAUUGUGAUAAUAAAAUUUAAUAUCUUUUAUUCUAACAUAUUUUUAAAUUUAUUAACAAUAAAUUUCAAAUUUAUAAGAAAAUAGAGAUAUUUUGCACAAAAAAAUAUUACAUAUAAUAUAGUAAUAUAUAAUAUAGUAAUUAAGUAGCAAAUUUAAAAAUAGAAUACUAAUAUUUAUCUCUUUGGCUUUUUGUUCAAUAAUUGUUAUCAGUUUCUUCUAUAGGAUUAAGACUACAUUAUAAAAUAUAUGUAGCAUUUAUAAUUAUAGAAAACAAAAAAAGCACAGCCAGAUGAAAAAUGAUUCUAUAGAAUAAAUAUUAAUCAAUAAUACUAUAAUUGAAUAAAUUAAUUUAAAAAAUAUUAAAAAAUUAUAUUCCAUCUCGAAAGAUCUUAAAUAAUAUAUUACACAAAAUAUAGUAAAAAAUUUCAUUGUUAAAUAUUCCAAUUUAUAGUAUUUUAAAAAAUUAAUAUUUAAUAAUACAUUUCAAAAGAAUUGUAAAAAUAAUCAUUUUAUAAAAUUUUACCAAGAUGUAUAAUUAGACAUUAAAAAUAUAAAGUAAAUUUUGAUCACAAAAAUGAUGGGUACCAUUAAUAUGCUGUAACACUCUACUUUCUAAUAAAUUACGACCAUAUUGAAUGGCUUCUUCUCUAGUUUGUGCAAUAUUGGCUUCGAGCAACCAAUUAACUAAAUCAGUUCCAGUGAAAACACCUUUGUAUACCUUCAAUAAGCGUCUAUGACAUAUGGCUAUGCGAGCACGACAUUCAGUUAAAUAACAACGAUUAAAUUGAUCUCUAAUAGCCUUCACUUCUGGACUUAAUGCAUCUUCAGGGGGAAGUUGUAAUUCUUUUUCUAUAAAUAGCAAAUUAUAUUAUUUUUAAUUAUAAAUAUUUUCUAUUUAAAAAUAGAUAUAUAUAAUAAAAAUAAUUUUGUACCAGUA